GACUGGAGAAGAUGACCCGCCUUGUAACUCUGGAACUCUUGAUGGCUGGGAUCUGCUCUGCUAUCCUCUGCUUCCCAGACUGCAUACUGGGAGAGGACACUCUAUUCCAUGAAGACCAAGACAAGGGGACACAACUGGACAGUCUCACAUUGGCCUCCAUCAACACUGACUUUGCCUUCAGCCUCUACAAGAAGCUGGCUUUGAAGAAUCCAGAUAAAAAUGUUGUCUUCUCCCCACUUAGCAUCUCAGCCGCCUUGGCCGUUGUGUCCCUGGGAGCAAAGGGCAACAGCAUGGAAGAGAUUCUAGAAGGUCUCAAGUUCAAUCUCACAGAGACCCCUGAGACAGAAAUCCACCGGGGCUUUGGGCACCUCCUCCAGAGGCUCAGCCAGCCAAGGGAUGAGAUACAGAUCAGUACAGGCAAUGCCCUGUUUAUUGAAAAACGCCUUCAGGUCCUGGCAGAGUUCCAGGAGAAGGCAAGGGCUCUGUACCAGGCUGAGGCCUUCACAACUGAUUUCCAGCAGUCUCGUGAGGCCAAAAAGCUCAUCAAUGACUAUGUGAGUAAACAGACCCAGGGGAAGAUCCAGGGACUGAUCACAGACCUAGCUAAGAAGACAUCCAUGGUACUGGUGAAUUACAUCUACUUUAAAGGCAAAUGGAAGGUGCCUUUUGACCCUCGGGACACAUUCAAGUCUGAGUUCUACUCUGGCAAAAGGAGGCCUGUGAAAGUGCCCAUGAUGAAGCUUGAGGACGUGACCAUACCCUAUGUCCAGGAUGAGGAGCUGAACUGCACUGUUGUGGAGCUGAAGUACACAGGAAAUGCCAGCGCCCUGUUUAUCCUCCCUGACCAGGGCAAGAUGCAGCAGGUGGAAGCCAGCUUGCAACCAGAGACCCUGAAGAGAUGGAAGGACUCUCUGAGGCCCAGCAUGAUAGAUGAGCUCUACCUGCCCAAGUUCUCCAUCUCUGCCGACUACAACCUGGAGGACAUCCUUCCAGAGCUGGGCAUCGAAGAAGUCUUCUCCACACAGGCUGACCUGUCUGGGAUCACAGGGGACAAGGACCUGAUGGUCUCUCAGGUGGUCCACAAGGCUGUGCUGGAUGUGGCUGAGACAGGCACAGAAGCAGCCGCUGCCACAGGGGUCAAAUUUGUUCCAAUGUCUGCAAAACUGGACCCUCUGAUUAUAGCUUUCGACCGGCCUUUCCUGAUGAUUAUCUCUGACACAGAAACUGAAAUAGCUCCCUUUUUGGCCAAGAUAUUUAACCCCAAAUGAGAUUCGAACUUCCCAAGGGUUGAUGCUUCUCCCCAGGCAUUGAGCUUGUCUGUGGGUCUCUGUGUGCAUUUUGGCUUCCAUGCUCUGAUUGGCCAUGGCGGCAUGCCUGGAUGAGACAGUGACUAACUGUGUAACAGCCUCAUGCACAGAUUCCUGUGCAGAGUCACUGCCAUGCUCCCAAACUUCUUGGUACCACUAGUUCAUAUUCCUGAGCCUAAAAUUUGUCUUUCCCCUGCCCUUGCUCUCUCUCCCCUGUAUCUGCCUCAACCCAGAAGCCAGGGCCCCAUCAGGUUGUCUCAGUCCCAACUUAGGCUCUAGUUAGGUCUUCCUUCAGUGUUGCUGUCUUGAUGGGACUGUGCACGCUUACCGGCCAACCCACAUGGACCAAGAGGAACACUAGCUGGUCCAUAUCUUUCUGCAGUAUCUGGGAUCACUUGGUGCCCAGUGCGGCCUCACUAUUUCCUUCCUCUGGGCACUGCUCCUUGCAGCAUGGCCUGACCUUGUCCACAUCUGGCACAGAGCUGCAUGGCACCUGUGGGUCAGACCAGAUCCCCUCCCCGGCACUCCUACUUAGAGCAAUGCAGCCUUUCUUUUAGUUCCCAGCUGACCAACCUCACACAAAAGAUGACCACCAACAACCAAAAUGAAGAGGUAGGAGCAAAGGUUCAAUAAACACAUCACUGCAUUGAAUGUA